AUUUUUUGUUUCAAAUCUAUUCAGUCAUAACUCAUAGUACGGUAUUUAGAAAUUGAAAUCAAACUUGUAAUUGCCAUCUUUUUUAGAGUGAAAGGUGAGAAGUGUCGUUUAGUUGUUGUAGAUGAGCAUUGAGAAGUGAGAAGUGAGAAGUGAGAAGUGAGAAGUGCAGAGAAAGACGGAAGCGGCGUAGUGUUCGUCCCUUUGAGUUAUUUGGUGCAUCUUGGUCGCCAUGGCAAGUGAUAAUAAGAAGCUCAAGUUGUAUUCAUAUUGGAGGAGCUCUUGUUCCUUCCGAGUCCGAAUUGCUCUCAACCUCAAAGGCCUAAAAUAUGACUAUAUACCCGUCAAUCUCUUGAAGGGAGAGCAAUCUCAUCCAGAAUUCCUCAAGCUCAACCCUGUUGGUUUCGUGCCGGUUCUGGUGGAUGGCGAUCUUGUGCUUGCUGACUCCUUAGCCAUUAUUAUGUAUUUGGAUGAUAAGUAUCCUCAGCACCCUUUGCUGCCUAGUGAUAUUCACAAAAGAGCAAUCAAUUUCCAGGCUACCCACAUCGUUUCUUCCUCCAUACAGCCUCUUCAAAACAUAAGCUUUCUGAAUUACAUCGGGGAAAAAGUCGGCCCUGACGAAAAGCUUCCUUGGGUACAAAGUGUCCUUAGAAAGGGCUUCACAGCACUUGAAAAACUCUUGAAGGACCACACGGGAAGAUAUGCAAUGGGAGAUGAAAUUCUCCUGGCUGAUGUGUUUUUAGCGCCUCAGCUUCAUGCAGCAUUUACAAGGUUCAACAUUCCCAUGAAUGAAUUCCCCAUUAUGUCAAGAUUGCAUGAGACGUAUAAUGCUACCCCAGCAUUCCAGGAAGCUUUGCCGCAGAACCAACCAGAUGCAGUACACUAUGUGCAGAAAGAGAAAGUAGUUUUGCUGCAUCUCCAUCUCAAUAUGGAGAGUGAAGCUGUGAAUCUGAAGCUGUAUUCACACUGGAUGAGCUCCUGCUCCUUCCGAGUUCCAAUUGCUCUCAACCUCAAAGGCUUAAAAUACCACUAUGUAGCUGUCACCGCCUCCUCCAAAUCUGACCCCGAGUUCCUCAAGUUGAACCCUCUUGCUUUAAUUCCCGUUCUGGUGGAUGGCAAUUUUGUUCUUGCUGAAUCCUUAGCCAUUAUUAUGUAUUUGGACGAUAAGUAUCCUCAAUACCCUUUGCUGCCUCAUGACAUUCCCAAAAGAGCACUCAAUUUUCAGGUUGCACAUAUUGUUGCCUCAUCCAUACAGCCUUUUCAAAACAUGGGGUUUCUGAAUAACUUCAUCGAGAAAAAGGUUGGCCCUCAUGAAAAACUUCCUUGGGCACAAAGUGUCAUUAGAAAGGGCUUCACAGCACUUGAAAAGCUACUGAAAGAUCAGGCAGGGAGAUAUGCCACUGGAGAUGAAAUUUUCCUGGCAGAUUUGUUUUUAGCACCUCAACUGUAUUCAGCAUAUAAGAGGUUCAACAUUUCCAUGAAUGAGUUCCCUAUUCUAUCAAGAUUACAUGAGGCAUACAAUGGCAUCUCGGCAUUCCAGGAGGCUUUUCCAGAGAAGCAGCCAGAUGCUGUAAACUCUGAUUGAAUUGAUUCAUGCUAUACAAUGAACACAGAUCAUCAUAUCAUUUGAUGGAUAACUUUGACGACUCCUUAAAAUGUAAAGGCUUGACUCUUGAGUCUUGAGCAAGUUACCGUCAACGUUGGGAAUCCAGUGAGACAUGCUCAAUGUCGUCGAAAAUCAACCAUGUGGCUGAAUAUUAUUGGCCAAAGAUUUGCGCUGAAACGUUCAAAGACAAAGAUAGAACACACUUUUUCUCUCCUAUGCAUAGAGAACAACUUCCUACAAAGGAUAUAUAAAUUUAGCCCUUUUCUAAUUUAAUAUGAAUGUGAGAUAGUACCAAGUCGGUGAUAGUACUUAAGUCUUAUUGGCCACUAUUGUUUUUCAUUUAAAUGUUUCAGAUUUCAAUAAUGAAUAAAUAAAAAACAUGAAGUGGAACUUGUUAUA